CAAUGCGCGUGGUAGUGAUCGGAGCAGGGGUCAUUGGGCUGUCCACCGCUCUCUGCAUUCAUGAGCACUACCACUCGGUCCUGAAGUCACUGGACAUGAAGGUCUACGCAGAUCGCUUCACACCGCUCACCAACACCGAUGUAGCUGCUGGCCUCUGGCAGCCCUACCUCUCCGACCCUAGCAACCCACAGGAGGCGCAUUGGAACCAGCAGACCUUCGACUAUCUUCUGAGCCACAUCCAUUCUCCCAAUGCUGCAAACAUGGGCCUGGCCCUAAUCUCAGGCUACAAUAUCUUCCAUGAAGCUGUUCCGGACCCUUACUGGAAAGACAUAGUUUUGGGAUUUCGGAAGCUGACCCUAAGGGAGCUGGACAUGUUCCCUGAUUACAACUAUGGCUGGUUCAACACAAGCCUGAUUAUUGAGGGGAGGAAGUAUCUACAGUGGCUGACUAAAAGGUUAACUGAGAGGGGAGUGAAGUUCUUCCAGCGGAAGGUGGAGUCUUUUGAGGAGGUGGCAAGAGGAGGCGCCGACAUGAUUAUCAACUGCACUGGUGUGUGGGCUGGGGCCUUGCAACCAGACCCCCUGCUGCAGCCAGGCCGGGGGCAGAUCAUUAAGGUGGAUGCUCCUUGGAUGAAUCACUUCAUUAUCACCCAUGACUCAGACAGAGGCAUCUACAAUUCCCCAUACAUCAUCCCAGGGAUCCAGGCAGUGACUCUUGGAGGCAUAUUCCAGCUGGGGAACUGGAAUGAGGUAAACAAAAUCCAAGACCACAACACUAUUUGGGAAGGCUGCUGCAGACUGGAGCCCACACUGAAGGAUGCCAAACUUGUUACUGAAUGGACUGGCUUCCGGCCAGUACGCCCCCAGAUUCGGCUAGAAAGAGAACAGCUUCACUUUGGAUCAUCAAACACAGAGGUCAUCCACAAUUAUGGCCAUGGAGGCUAUGGGCUCACUAUCCACUGGGGCUGUGCCCUGGAGGCGGCCAAGCUCUUUGGGAAAGUUCUGGAAGAAAGGAAGUUGCUCAGCAUGCCACCAUCCCACCUCUGAGGGUGCCAGUGACCACUGCUUCCCCCACGAGGACUCCCCACUUUCCUC